AUGAACUAAAUAUAUGAUUUGAUGUAGAUUAUCAAAACUUCUGAAUAAAGAGGGUAAGAAUUAAUGAUAGAUUCAUUUGUAAUUGGAUAUCUCUUUGGUAAGGGAAAUUUAAAAAAUAAAGAGGAUCUAGAAAAAUUUAUAGAAUAACUAAAUGAUUUAAAGCAUAAAAUAGAUAUAGGAGAUUAAUUUCCUACUUCAAGAGAUGAUUUCAUUUUAAAUAGUUUAGGAAAUUUAAUAAUGAUGAUAAAAAAAAGAAAAAGAAAUCAGGAAAGGGUAAAGGAAAAGUAAAUACUUUGGCUUAGACAACACCUACAAACCCUUAAACAGAUCUAAAAGAAAGAGGAAACUGAAAAGUAAUAGACCUAAACGAAUUCUAAGAAACCCAAAACUUAGCAACCUUAAAAGUCAGGUAUGUAAACAAGAUAAUCGACAACCUAAUCUACAGCUGAAUAAAAAAAAGAAUAACAGAAAAAUGAAUGA